ACUUAUUGAGCUUUUUCUUUCUGAUUGAUUAUUUUGACAUAUAAUGAUUUUGGCAGUUGAUUUGGAGUGAGUGCCCAGGUGAGCAGAACUAAUGGAAGAAGGAAUAGCUUCAUUGGGACACCAUACUGGAUGGCACCUGAGGUGAUUGACUGUGAUGAGGACCCCAGACGCUCCUAUGAUUACAGGAGUGAUGUGUGGUCUGUGGGAAUUACUGCUAUUGAAAUGGCUGAAGGAGCUCCUCCUCUGUGUAACCUUCAACCCUUGGAAGCUCUCUUCGUUAUUUUGCAGGAAUCUGCACCCACAGUCAAAUCCAGCGGAUGGUCGCGUAAGUUCCACAAUUUCAUGGAAAAGUGUAUGGUAAAAAAUUUUCUGUUUCGUCCUACUUCUGCAAACAUGCUUCAUCACCCAUUUGUUCGGGAUAUAAAAAAUGAGCGACAUGUUGUUGAGUCAUUAACGAGGCAUCUUACUGGAAUUAUUAAAAAAAGACAGAAAAAAGAAAUACCUCUGAUCUUUGAAAAAGAAGAAGCUAUUAAGGAACAGUACACCAUGAGAAGAUUCAGAGGACCCUCUUGUACUCAUGAGCUUCUCAGAUUGCCAACCAGCAGCAGAUGCAGACCACUUAGAGUCCUGCAUGGAGAACCCUCUCAGCCAAGGUGGCUACCAGAUCGAGAAGAACCACAGGUCCAGGCACUUCAGCAGCUACAGGGAGCAGCCAGGCUAUUCAUGCCACUGCAGGCUCUGGACAGUGCACCCAGUCCUCUAAUGGGGCAGGCUCAGGCACCUCUACGACUACAAGGGGCAGCUCGGGUGUUCAGGCCACUACAGGCUCAGAUGAAGUCUAAGGCCUCUAGACCUCUACAAAUGCAGAUAAGGGCACCUCCACGACUACAGAGGGCAGCCCGGGUGCUCAUGCCACUACAGGUACAGGGUAGGACACCUAGGCUUCUACAGGUACAGGCCCAGGUACCCAAAAAGCAGCAGACUCAGACCCAGGCAUCAGAACCACAAGAUCUGGACCAGGUACCGGAGGAAUUUCAGGGGCACGAUCAGGUACCUGAACAACAAAGGCAGGGCCAGGCCCCUGAACAACAGCAGAGACACAACCAGGUACCUGAACAAGAGCUGGAGCAGAACCAGGCACCUGAACAGCCAGAGGUACAGGAACAGGCUGCUGAGCCUGCACAGGCAGAGGCUGAGGCAGAGGAGCCUGAGUCAUUACGAGUACAUGCCCAGUUAUUCCUGCCCCUGCUAUCACAAAAUCACCAUGUUCUGUUGCCACUACAUUUGGAUACUCAGGUGCUCAUUCCAGUAGAGGGGCAAACUGAAGGAUCGCCUCAGGCACAGGCUUGGACACUAGAAACCCCACAGGCAAUUGACUCAGUUCAAGCACUGAUAGAGGGACUCUCAAGAGACUUGCUUAGAGCACCAAACUCAAAUAGCUCAAAGCCACUUGGUCCUUUGCAAACCCUGAUGGAAAAUCUGUCAUUAAAUAGGUUUUACUCACAACCAGAACAGGCACGGAAGAAAAAAUCAAAAGUUUCUAGUCUAAGGCAAGCACUGGCAAAAAAACUAUCACCAAAGAGGUUCAGGGCAAAGUCAUCAAGAAAACCUGAAGAGCUUGAGCUCUCAGAUUUAGAAGCCCGCAGGCAAAGGCGCCAGCACAGAUGGGAAGAUGUCUUUAAUCAGCACGAGGAAGAAUUGAGACAAGUUGAUAAAGACAACGAAGACGAAUCAUCAGACAAUGAUGAAGUCUUUCAUUCGAUUCAGGCUGAAGUCCAAAUAGAACCACUGCAGCCAUGCAUUUCAAAUCCUAAAAUAAUUGAGGUUCAAGAGAGAUCUCCUUCUGUGCCUAACAACCAGGAUCAUGCAAAUCAUGUGAAGUUCUCUUCAAGCGUUCCUCAGCGGUCACUUUUGGAACAAGCUCAGAAGCCCAUUGACAUCAGACAAAGGAGUUCGCAAAAUCAUCAAAAUUGGCCGGCAGCGUCAGAAUCUUCUUCUGAGGAAGAGAGUCCUGUGACUGGAAGGAGGUCCCAGUCAUCACCACCUUAUUCUACUAUUGAUCAGAAGUUGCUGGUUGACAUCCAUGUUCCAGAUGGAUUUAAAGUAGGAAAAAUAUCACCCCCUGUAUACUUGACAAAUGAAUGGGUGGGCUAUAAUGCACUCUCUGAAAUCUUCCGGAAUGAUUGGUUAACUCCUGCACCCAUCAGUCAGCCACAUGAAGAGGAUGGUGAUUAUGUUGAACUCUAUGAUGUCAGUGCUGAUACUGAUGGUGAUGAAGAGCAUGAGUCUAAUGAUGUUUAUGACGAUACCUAUGAUCAUGCCAAUGGCAAUGAUGACUCGGAUAACCAGAUUGAUCAGGCUAAUGAUGUUUAUGAAGACCAUGAUGAUGACAACAAUAAGUCUGUUGAUGAUGUAAAUGAUAAUUAUCAUGAGGCAUCUCGUUGUCUAAGGGCAAGCUAUGGCAGAGAUGGAAGCUGCAAGCCAGAUGAUUAUGAUGGAAGUAAUGGAAAAGAAGAGGCCUACAGAGGCUAUGGAAGCCAUAGAGUCAAUAGCAGCCAUGAAGGAAGUGCAGCCAGUGAGGACAAUGCAGCCACUGGAGAUCAGGAAGAACAUGCAGCCAAUAUAAGCAGUGAAAGAAGAGACUGUGGAGGUGAUGGAAGUAAGAGAGUCAUUCGAACCAGUGAAGAGAGUGGAGCCCUUGGACUCAAUGGAAAAGAAAAUUGCUCAGAGACAGAUGGUCCAGGAUUGAAGAGACCUGCAUCUCAGGACUUCGAAUAUCUACAGGAGGAGCCAGAUGGUGGAAUUGAGGCUUCAAAUGCCAUUGAUUCAGGUGCUGCACCGUCAGCACCUGAUGAUGAGAAUGACAAUAAAGACAUAUCAGAAUCAUCAACACAAUCAGAUUUUUCUGCCAGUCACUCUUCUCCUUCCAAAGGUUCUGCGAGGUCUACUGAUGCUGACUUUGCCAGUGCCAUCUUAUAUGCUGGAUUCGUAGAAGUCCCUGAGGAAUUACCUAAGCAACCACCUGAAGUCAAUGUUAACCCACUCUAUGUCUCUCCUGCAUGUAAAAAACCACUAAUCCACAUGUAUGAAAAGGAGUUCACUUCUGAGAUCUGCUGUGGUUCUUUGUGGGGAGUCAAUUUGCUGUUGGGAACCCGAUCUAAUCUAUAUCUGAUGGACAGAAGUGGAAAGGCCGACAUUACUAAACUUAUAAGGCGAAGACCAUUCCGCCAGAUUCAAGUCUUAGAGGCACUCAAUUUGCUGAUUACCAUCUCAGGUCGUAAGAACAGACUUCGGGUGUAUCAUCUGACCUGGCUGAGGAACAAGAUUCUGAAUAAUGAUCCAGAAAGUAAACGAAGGCAAGAAGAAAUGUUGAAGACAGGGGAGGCCUGCAAAGCUAUUGAUAAGUUAACAGGCUGUGAACACUUCAGUGUCCUCCAACAUGAAGAAACAACAUAUAUUGCAAUUGCUUUAAAAUCAUCAAUUCACCUUUAUGCAUGGGCACCGAAGUCCUUUGAUGAAAGCACUGCUAUUAAAGUAUUUCCAACACUUGGUCAUAAGCCAGUGACAGUUGACCUGGCUAUUGGUUCUGAAAAAAGACUAAAGGUUUUCUUCAGCUCAGCAGACGGAUAUCACAUCAUCGAUGCAGAAUCUGAGGUUUUGUCUGAUGUGACCCUGCCAAAUAAUCCCCUGGAAAUCAUUAUACCACAGAAUAUCAUCAUUUUACCUGAUUGCUUGGGAAUUGGCAUGAUGCUCACCUUCAAUGCUGAAGCCCUCUCUGUGGAAGCAAAUGAACAGCUCUUCAAGAAGAUCCUUGAAAUGUGGAAAGACAUACCGUCUUCUAUAGCUUUUGAGUGUACACAGCGAACCACAGGAUGGGGCCAAAAGGCCAUUGAAGUGCGCUCCUCGCAAUCCAGGGUCCUGGAAAGUGAGCUGAAGCGCAGGUCAAUUAAGAAGCUGAGAUUCCUGUGUACCCGGGGUGACAAGCUGUUCUUUACCUCUACCCUGCGCAAUCGCCACAGCCGGGUUUACUUCAUGACACUUGGAAAACUUGAAGAGCUCCAAAGCAAUUACAGUGUCUAAAAGUUUCCAGUGAUUUCUUACAACAUUACAAGCAUCAUGUAUAGGCAGACUGCAUCUUCAGAUUUCAGAGAUCAAAUGAGCAUUCAGUUUUAUUUUUAGUAAAAAUUAAAUCCCAAACUUAACUUUUAAUGUAACACAGAAUAGUUUGAAUGAGAAAUGCAGCUUUAUGUAUAAAAUUAACUAUAGCAAGCUCUAUGUACUCCAAUGGUGUACAAUAUCUUUUGCACAAACUUUGUAACUUUUGUUACUGUGAAUUCAAACAUUACUCUUUGGACAGUUUGGACAGUAUCUGUAUUAAUAUUUCACAACAUGGGGUAAAGAAACCUGUUAUGAAUUAGAUUACAAGCAGCCUUCAAAAGAAUUGGCCCUGGGAUAAGAUUUUUCAGAAAAAGAAAAACAUCGACAGACUGUAUGUGAUUUUUCCAAAGUUAUUUAAAGAACCAAAGAUUUGGUCAAGAAACAAAAAUCUUAAAGACUGUAAUAACCCAGACUAAGGUUGAACAACCUGCAUGCCCAGAGAAAACUAUGGUGAUAAAGGGGAAAAGGCCACCACCCUUUUGCUCACUGAUUCAUAACAAUUAAGCCUACAGCUAAAGACCAGUUGUGUUCUUUUCACCCGUUUUUAAGCUGUUUUGUUCCUGAGAAGAAGAAAGGAAGAAAGCCCCUAGAUGCUUGUUUUUUCUCAGAACCCCCAAAAGAUGUGCAAUAGCUGUUGUUACAAACCACCAAAUAAUACACUUGUGAGCCUGAACACAGGACUAAACUCCUAUACACAUGUACUGUAGAACGAGUUUUUUUUUAAAUGCCUUAAGGUAGGGGUCAAAUUCUAUUCCCCAAAGCAGAUAGAUUGAUUUAUAAAAGUUAUCUGGCCAAAAGUAUGACUAUCAGACAGCAUCAAAUAUUUGCCCAAUCCAAGAUUAGACCACACAAAAGCUUCGUUCCUUCAUAUUAAACAAAAGGAACGAAACAAAACAAUGAAGAAACUUUGCUAAUAUCUGUGUUUUUCAUGUUUCUGUUUUUGUAAAAUUAGAAAUUAAUCUAAAAAUAUUCAGUGAUAAGUUCAUACGUAAAGACUUAAAGGUUAAAAGAAAAAAAGAAAACAUUUCAAAAAUAUACAACUUUCACCAUAUUUAUAAGUCUGCAAAAUUAGAGUAGUGAAAGUUAUGCUAAUCCAUCACCCAAAUAUGUUAUAGACGCCAUAGACUGGUGAUGUUUGGUCACCUAUGGUAACUGCUACCUGAUGAAGAGUAUAAUUUCUGCAUAUCCAUCCUCAAUACCAUGGUUAGUUCUGUGGCAAUAGAAAAGCAACAGAACUGCCACAAAGUAUACCUCAAUUUAAUUCCUCUAGUUCUGCUUCUAAAAUCUGAGGACAGUGCUAGUGGGAUGAUAAUUUUCAAACUACCUGAUUAACCAAAAUUCAAAAGCAGCUGACUGUGUGAUUUCAUAAUAGCACAUUUCUUGGCACUUAGUGCCAGAAAUGAAGAUUUGGAUAUUCUCAAUAAUGAGCUACUACACUCUUGAUACAAAGUUGUUAGAAGUUUGUAUCAAGAGUGUAGUAGCUCAUUAUUGAGAAUUUAGGAAAGCCUGAAUCCACGAACUAAGGAAAUAAAUGUGACUCACAUUUCUUUUACUGUGACACAAUAAUGUGAUCCUAAAACUGGCUUAUCCUUGAGUGUUUACAACUCAAACAACUUUUUUCAUUCAGUAGUUUUUUAAAAAACAAACUUUCAUGUCAAUUUUUUUCUAGAAGUAGUCUUCAUUAUUAUAAAUUUGUACACCAAAAGGCCGUGGGGAACUUUGUGCAAGAACCUCAUCACUGAGCAAAUGGAGCUUGCUAUGUUUUAAUUUCAGAAAAUUUUCUCAUAUAAGUAGUGUGUAGAAUCAAGUCUUUUAAUCCAUUUUUUCAUAAUAUUUACUCAAAGUUAAGCUUAAAAUUAAGUUUUAUCUUAAAAUCAUAUUUUAAUACAGUAAGGCAGAAAACUAUUUUAGGAAGUCAACUCCCAUUGUGCUCUGUGGCAAUUAUUCCAGUAAAAAUAAGCAAAAGUGAACUGAAUCUACAAAGAUGUCCCAAAGUAACCAAGCAAGAGAGAUUUCAAAUGAUAAACUGAGCUUUAAGGGAUAAAGUGUUAAUAAAGAAAGGAAAAUAUUUAAAGUGGCUCAUAAAUAAUGAAUAUUGCUGAUUUAGAUGUAAAUCCAUCUGGAAUUUUUACAUCCUUUGCCAGCUGAAACAAGAAAGUGAAGGGACAACGGUAUUUUGUGGUCAGUUUAUUUUGUAAGAGACCGAAGAAACUAUAUCUAUACAUUACCUUGUAGCAGCAGCAUCUGGAAGCCCUAGCCCAUCAAGGAUGUGCAGAAGGAAGGCUCCUGAGUAGACAAUUUCCCUAGCCUUGUGAUUUGAACCAUGAGCAUUAUGGCAGGUCAUGAGCAGCAGUAGGGAUAAGGUAUGGUUUUAUUUUUGUAUAAUUUUGUUUUUCAACGAGCCCUUGUCUAAAAUAAAAGCCAUUGUUGGAAAUAUCUGAAAACUAGAAAAUGAUGGAUAAAAGGGCUUGUAAGAAAAUUUCUGAGUGAUUGUCGAUAGAAGUAGGGUAAGAUCCCCAGAGGACACAGUAAGAAAGGAUAAUCAUUAAGGUAGUAAAACAGGCAAAGCAGAAUCACAUGCACCUACACAUAUAUACACAUAAACAUUGGAAUGCAUAAGUUUUACUAUUUUAGUGCUAUCAGUUUCUAGGUGCAUUAAUUACUAAGUGUUCUCUGCCAAGAUUCAUUUAGUUGAAACAGUAUCCAUAAAACUGGGAAUAAUCCCACAUGCAUUCAAUGGGACCUUUUAAGUACUCUUCAGUUUAUGUUAACAAAUGUGUCUACUGAAAUCAAAUUAAUUUGUUUUCAAUGUGUACUCUAAAAAAAUGGAAACAAUCUUCAAUACUGCUAAUUGUUUGCUUAGAAAGUCUAAGAUGAAUCAUUGUUUAACCUUGAAAAAUAAAACUUUAUAAAUCAUUA